ACAAGCUGUUUAUUUGGAGAUCUGUGCUGAAGAGUCCACAUGGACUGGAUCCGGAGUGUUCUGGUUCACACCUUUCUCUCACUGAUUUCCUCUCUUGCCUUUGGGAUACCAGAAGAAUCCCCUCAUCAUCAGUUAUCUGGAAAUGUCAAAGGAAAGCUUAUUUUCCAUCAGAUGGAAGGGAAUUCAACAUACUUGCGCAAAACAGGGAAUCUGGCAUCUUACACUAAAACAGUGGUUUCAUUUGAACUCUAUGACCCGAGGCAUAUCCUGCGCUCUGUCUCUUUUACAUACACAUGGGAUUUGGGCAAUGGGGAAGUGCAUAAAGGCCCAGAGCCUUUUGUGAAGUUUUACUACGCCUUACCAGGGAACUACACGUUAAAACUGAGCAUUGAAACAGAUGCACCUCAGCAUUCCAGGAUGACAGGCCUGUACUCGGUAGAUCUGACUGUAUUAGAUGCUAUUAGAUACGUUGAUCUGAUAGGACCUGUGAUUUAUAACGUCGACCAAAACAGCAGACUGUCCUUUGAGGUUGGAGGAAGCCCUCCGGUUUGGCUGUGCUGGAGAGUUUUGCCUGAUUGCCACACACCCAAUCCAGCUUCCUGCAGUUUAGUCCAGAUCUAUGAAAACACUUUCUGUCUGAACUACACUUUCACAUCUGUAGGAACGCACUGCUUAGACCUGAGUGUGAAAAAUAACAUCAGCAGCCUCCAGACAUUCUACAGCAUCUAUGUGCAAAGCGGUCAUGUAAGUCUCUUCUUCCUAUUGCCCUGCGCUGCAGUGAUUGUUGCGACCCUCAUAUUUAUCUUUGUGACCGUGUGUCGUCCACGCCAGCGGUCUCUCAUGUGUAAGGGAGAUUAUGUCUCCUUCACAGACAUCGAACUGCGUGCAAAGGAUGCCACCGUCCCUUUGCAGAGCAAUUCUUCUGCAUCUAAGACAAAUGAAACCCAGCUUCUGCUUUAUCAGCAAGGGCCUUCCUACAACCCAGAAUCCUGUUAGUCUCACACAAGAUGUAUUCAUUAAAACAGAUCUUUCAUUGCAUUAUUUUGCUGUAUGGUCUAACUUUUUAUAUUUGACACAAACAAGCAUUGUGAAUAAACACAAAAUAGAACC